AUGGCAGCGACCACGACGGAUUCCUCUGCGGCGCCUGGUCCGCUGGCCCCAAUGCAUCCCACCAUGACAGAGCACGACUUUCGCUUUCCGCGAAGGCCAGCAGACGCCGCGACCGGGGCGCGGAAAACCGACCGACUCGAAUCUGCCUCCGGUACCAAGCCGGUGCCGCCGACAUCAACGUCGACGGCGGCCUCGAGGACGGCGACGUCGGGGACCACGACGGCAGCGGCGGGCGGCGGCGGAUUGCGUCCCGGCCUGCUCGAUGGCCGCCUGAACCUAGGCCUGGCUCAGGGUGGUGGUGCCGCCCACCUUGACCUGCUGCGCGCCUCCGCCUUCCCGCCCUUCCAGCAGAGUGCCCGGCGAGAGGCCCAGAGCCUGGAGGAGAUGCAGAGGGAAGACCCGCUGGCCACCCAGAUCUGGAAGUUUUACGCAAAGACAAAACAGCUCCUGCCCGCCCAGGAGCGCAUGGAAAACCUGACGUGGCGGAUGAUGCAUCUCAAGUUGCAGAAGACGAAGGCAGCCAACACGACAAAGACAAGUCGUGCAUCCAGCUCAUCAGCAAAUACCCCCAGUGGGAUUGCGCAAUUGCGCAAGUCGUCGGAACAUGCCCCGCCACAGUUGGACCCGAUGAACCUGGACGAUUUCAUUCACAACGAUAACGUCGGAACCCCGGCCGGCCUCGCCUUGACCCCGACCCCAGAAACGAUGCGCCAGGCGGAGGAGAGGUCGGCUCACACCACGGCGACGGCCAUUCCCAUCAAGAACCGCAAGGAGCCGUCGUCGUCGUCGUCUUCGUCGUCGUCUCAGCAUCUUGCACCCCAGUCGGUGCCCGUUGCCGCCCACCAGAGGCCUCAGGACGAAUUUGGCUAUCUGCCUCGGCACCCGCGCAAAACUAGCAUUGACGAGACCGGCCAACGUACCCGCAAACGACCGGCCAAUUUCUCCCCCCACGUACCCGCCGUCAACAGCGGCCUGUCGACAAGUGGACUCGAUGCCGACGCUGACCUCCAGGAGUACUCACUCGACCACUUACAACAUCCCGCCGCCGCCAGCCAACCGCCCAAUCAGAUGGGAGUUCCCUUCCCGCUCGACACCUUCCGCUUGGGGAACGACCUGAGCAUAAGCUCUGCCGGGCCCUUCCAGCAGAACUUCUCCUUCUCGCCGGCCACCUCGCCAAUGGCGGCGAAUGACCCGUUCGCCAGCCUCUAUAAUGCCUCCUCGAUGCCUUCGGGCUCCCUAGGGGCCGACUUCUAUUCCCCUCCCGGCUCGGCCUAUCAGUCUGCCGUUUCCACACCGCAUCCCCUGGGCGAGGCCGAUGGCUUCUACUUUGGCUCCAUGGAUGUGCGGCAGAUGCGCCAACAUCCGUAUAGGAAUGGCCCUGCCGCCAUGGCCAACCCGCUAGGCCAACAGUUCCCCUACGGCGCGAAUGGAGGAAACCUGAUGUUCCCGGCCGCAUCGACCGGCCCCGAGACGUCCUCGGCUUUUACGGCGCCGAGCUCUUUCAGCCAUGUCGACCCGACCCGGGUGUUCCAGCAAGACCUCCCUGCUCGUUCCCCCGCCGUCGGGCUGGGCCAAGAGAGCAUGUUCUCCUUCGGAGCGGAUUCCGACGACGAGGACGGCGGCGCCUUUGCCGACCGCAAUCUGCCAAUCUCGCAGGACCUCUCGCCCCAAGGAAGCAGUAUGGAUGACGGUGCGUUUGACUGUUCGUCACUGCAGUGGGAUCCAUCUCUCCCGGGCAACUUUAGCAUGCAGGCGGCUAGGUAUCCUGGCGGGCCUACUCGGAAACAGGUGACAAUAGGCGGCACCACGACCGACUACGUCGACUCGAAGGGGGAUUGGGAGGGCGGAAAUCUGAACAGGUCGCAGUCGCAGCCUUUCCGUACAACGAACGGUCGCGUCGGGAAGGUACCGCGGACAGCAUCGACCCCGAGGUUGACAAGCAAGGGCAAUCCGUUCGACAGGUUGGCACAGUCGACCCCGAACUCGCCGCCAGCCGAGGCCAACCAGAACUCGGCCUUCUCCUCUGUCUCUACAAGCCGCCCGUCCUCGCCUCCUCCAGCUUCGAGGCAGGGUUCCACAACCAACCUCCAAGCCGCCGCGGGAAGCAGUCAGAACGAGAGCAACAGCAGCAGCACGAACUCCAACUCCAACGCCACCACCACCACCACCACCACCACUACCACCACCACCAACAACAACAACAACAACAACAACAACAACAACAGUUCCUCCAACACUAACACCCCCACAACAUGUACCAACUGCUUCACCCAGACAACGCCGCUCUGGCGCCGCAAUCCCGAAGGCCAACCCCUCUGCAAUGCUUGCGGUCUUUUCCUCAAGCUGCAUGGUGUGGUUCGCCCGCUGAGCUUGAAGACGGACGUCAUCAAGAAGCGGAACCGCGGCUCCGGUUCGAGUCUUCCUGUCGGCGGCGGCGGCACCCGCAAGAGGGGCUCGACUUUAUCCGUCUCCUCCAGCGCCAACCCUCCCCCAGCUCAGGCGAGCACCCCGCCGGCAGCCUCGAACCGGACCGGUAACGCCAACGACAGCGAAAGUUCCGCGAACGGCGCCGCGUCGACCGGGAAUGGAAACACGCCAACCGGCUACCACGGCAAUGCCAUCUCCUCUACCAAUGUUGCCGUUGGCGGCAAGGGUGUCGUUCCGAUCGCUGCGGCCCCGGCGAAGAACCUUCCCGGCCCGGGCGCCGCCUCCGUACCGCGCACCACAGCCAUCUCCUCUUCCUCGUUGUCUUCGUCGAAACGCCAACGCCGCCACAGCAAGAGCGUCACAGCGGCAGAGCAGCCGUCGCUGAACAGCAUGGACAUCGACAGCCCGGAGAGCUCUACGGGAUCCAACGAGGGCGCGGCAACGUCGUCGGCGGGCCUGUCGAAGCCGAGCCUGGGUUCGAGCGCGGGGCUGGCUUCGUUGCAGCCCAGUGCUAGUAGCUUUAGUUUGGGUGGCUUUGGCAGUAGCGGCGGCAGUAGCGGCAUGCAGAGGCCAUUGGCCGGGCCAGGAAGCCAGCGGCCUGCGCCACAGGAGUGGGAGUGGUUGACCAUGAGUUUAUAGAGGGAAGGGGAGGGGAAAGAAGAGGAAGGCGGGUCUGCCAUAGAAUCACGGCCGUCGCCUUGUACUGCUUGGUCUCCCGGUCAGCCCACCACCCCCCCCGUGACUGGUUCGACCCUGCUAGUCUAGUCUGACUCCCUUCUUCCUGCCUGGGGCGGUCGUUUUGCUUACGGCCUCCUCUAUUGAGGGAGGAAAUCAAGUGUCAGAAGCGGGGUUGGUGAAAGGGGGACAAAACCAAGCGAGUGAGCCGAGACAGCACGAGCGGACCGCAUAUAUGGGGAUUUGGAGCAUCAUCUACGCGUUAGGCAGGCUGGCAUCGUACAACUGUUUCUUUUUCUUUGACAUUCAUUCGGUCAGCCGUUGCAGAGACGGUUUUAUCCUUGUUUUCUUUUUCAUUUUUAUUAUUUUUUUCCCCAAACGGAAAGAAGGAAGGACAACGGAUCAAGAAUGCGGUUCGGUCUUUUUCUUCGACGUACAUAUACGUACAACAUCAGAGCUUUUGGUUCGGGUUUAUUAUGGCAACAGAAGGAAAGGAGGGGUUUAAUCUGUGAGGUUGACCACCUACCUUAGAUGGGACGGGACCACGGUGGACAGGCAAAGAGAGAGAGAGAGGGGUGUGAAUGGUGGUCGAGCACGUAGAGAGACGAUCGGGAUACCCUUCCUUACAACUAACUACGACUACGGUUUUGCGAGGUUUAUGAUUACGGAUUUGACACGUCCGCAGCUGUGGUUUUUGAUGGGUUCAUUUGGACCGGAGGGGGGCCCCCGGCUGUGGCCGCAGCAGGUCUUAAGAGCUACCAAGUAGGCUUGGUUACUCGCUGUCUACUGUACACGCGUAAUGAGAGAGCCUAGUAUUCC